AUGCUCUUUAAUUACCUCCACACUAAAUGUGUUCCUUCGUCGGUCUACAGAAUGGAUAGGCCAUCUCCUCAUCUGUUCCGUCUCUUUGAAGUAGUCCAACCACGAAAUUUAGAGACGAGGCCCUGCGCCGUGCCUAUAAACUUCCACGUUUACUUCCAAGUACAAGGUGUUUGUCGACGGUUGUCGAACAUAUUUACUUGGACUCCAGCUAAUUAGAGAGGAGGUACGAGCCAAAGUGAGAAAUAUAGGGCUGAAAUGAGGGAAGUGUAUGAUAAGCGUAAGAACGUGAACGUUCUUUUUCUCCCAGCGGUAGUAGGAAGGGUGUUCAUGAAACUACCACGAGAAUAGGCCCGAGGAGAACAUCCCAAAUUGACCAUAGACUGGGACGCGCCGUAUCGCGUAUUGCAAACUGACGAAAACUCUUAGCCGAUCACUAAAAUAGGCAGCACUGAAGAUGCAAUCAAAGUUCAGUAACUUACUUUUCACAUGCCCAGAUGAAAUGCCAAACGAGCAAGUGAAAGGGAAGACCAAGAGGAAGAGAGUGAAAAGAGUGUUGAAAAUUUCCGUAUCUACUCCUCAACUUGCUCAUUCCAGAAAGAACUCGAGUUCGAUGUUCCCGAUGAUGGUCACAUGUUGUACUUUCAGUUGCGAUGCCGAGGCCAAGACUUUCCCGCAAAUAAAGGAGGGCUGAGUUUUUCACUUGCGAACUGCUGUCUGUCGAAGACGUUAACCGCAGGAGCACUGAUAACAGCACUGCCUCAUCCGGCGAGAGCCAUGCCGAUCGAGCGCCUAUUGGAUGCUGGCGGCACCUUCACAAUUUGGACCCAACCCGGCUCCGUAGCGCUGAAAGUGCAGCGCAUAACGAAUUUUGACGACAAAGUGAUCGACCCACGUGCGUUGGGCUUUGCAAAUGUUCACGAACAAGUGUGCCCAUGUCAGUAA